AUGGACCAAACCCUGGGCAGCUUCUUCCUGUGCGGCCAAUGUGGGACCCACACGCGUCUCAACUCGUCUAACCUCUGCCUCAGAUGCCGCCGCCUCAUCCCCGACAUAACAGCUCCCGUCCCAAAACAUGUGGACCUCGCCUUCUGCCCACUAUGCGACAGCUACAAGCACCCCCCCUCGUGGGCCCCCACCAAUCUCCAGCCCAACGAGCUCCUCUCCUUCCUCGUCAAGAACCUGCGCGGCCCAUCUGGGGCCCGCCUUGUCCACUCAGAGUUCAUCUGGGCCGACUACCCACUCCCCAGAUCCGUUCGCGUCAGGUUCACCUUCCGCAAGGAAGGCCUCGACGGGCUAACCGUGCAGGCCUGCACGGUUAGGUACGAAGUCCACGAGGAAGCCUGCUGGCCCUGCCUCCGGGCCCGUCUCGACCAAAACGGGCUAUCGGGCCUGGUCCACAUAGCCACCCAAGGCCCAAAAACCCUCCUCUCGUUGGAGCCGCUGCUCGACGCGGAGCGUCGAGCAGCGGCAGUCGAGCGUUGGGAAGGCCGCGCGACGUUUUUAUUCGAGAAACGGGCCGACGCGCAGGACCUCGUGGCCCGUCUGCGCGGGUCGGCCUUGGCCCGGGUUGUUCGAGACGAGCUCUACGCGUCUAGAGUCAAAAUUACGGAAAUGCCCCUCCUAGUGUACGCGGCUUCAGUCGAGGUGAGUUCGAUUCGGGUGGGGGACCUCGUAUGCCUGCCGACUGGGACUUCGGCCCGUUUUGGGAAUCUCGGCCCGUUUGUGAUAUGCGACGAAGUGGGUGGGGAUUCGGUGGCUUUUCUCGACCCGCUCGACUCGAGACGCGGGUUUUUGGACGCGGACAAGUAUUGGAGAUUGCCCUUUCGGGCUGUGAUGUCGAGGGAGGAUCUUGUGGAGUAUGUGGUUUUGGAAGUGGAAGAUGUGUUUAUGGACUACCGGUCGAGGAAGUAUGUGGCGGAAGUCCGCGUGGCGCCUUUUUCGGGGUCGGGAGAAAUCGAGAUGAGCUUUGAUGUGAAGACGCAUUUGGGGAAUGAUUUGAAGGAAGGGGAUUAUGUGCUCGGUUACGAUUUGCUUGGGGCGGGUGUUUUGGAUAGGUAUAGAGGUGUUGAUGUGCCGAAUGUUGUGCUUGUGAGAAAGAGCGACCGGGUAGAGAAGAAUCCGGAAGAGAAAGAUGAAGGUAAGAGCGAUGGGGAAGAGGAGAACAAAUCUGAAGAGGAAGGUGAAGGUGAAGGUGAAGGUGAGAAUUUGUGA